CCUGCUCUUUAACUGUGUUGCCCACAGUGAGCAGGGACAUCCUCACCACUUCACAGCUGUCCGGGGGUGCGACAGCAGGGAGACGCUUUUAGGGGACAUGCCAGUCAAUGUAGUUUUAGACGGUCCGGCCCCCUGGGGCUUUCGACUGACCGGAGGAAAGGACUUCAACCAGCCCCUGACCAUCUCCCGGAUCACUCCAGGCAGCAAAGCCUCCGUAGCCAACCUGUGUCCUGGUGAUGUUAUCUUGGCCAUCGAGGGAGUUUCAGCCACAAACAUGCUGCACUGUGAAGCCCAGAACAAGAUCAAAGAAGCCACAAAUAAGCUCUCUCUCACUGUUGAAAGGGGUGAAACCAGACUGUGGUCACCACAAGUUACAGAGGACGGUAAAUCCCAUCCAUUCAAAAUCAACCUGGAAGCCGAGCAACAGGAGUACAAACCCAUUGGGACUGCUCACAACCGAAGAGCUCAGCCAUUUAUUGCAGCAGCAAAUAUCGACGACCACCGUCAGGUGGUCAGUACAGCCUACAACACUCCCAUAGGCCUCUACUCCUCAGGCAAUAUCCAGGACGCCAUGCAGGGCCAGAUCCGGGGCCUUGUCCACAACAAGCCUGAGGCCUCCAAGACCUUAACAUCCAUCGAGGACUCUGAUGUGUACCGGAUGUUACAGAAAGACCAAGAAGAGCCACAGGAGCCCCGGCAGUCAGGCUCAUUCAAAGCACUGCAGGACUUCGUAAACAGUGAUGGCUCUCGUCCCAUUGUGACAAAGAGCGUAAGAGCCCCGACAACCAAACCAACUCCGCCUGCUGGAAACCUGCAGAAAUUGCCCCUUUGUGACAAGUGUGGGAAUGGCAUUGUGGGGACAGUUGUGAAAGCACGGGACAAAUACCGUCACCCCGGCUGCUUUGUGUGCUCUGACUGUGACGUUAACCUCAAACAGAAGGGCUAUUUCUUUGUGGAGGGGCAGCUGUACUGUGAGACCCAUGCUCGUGCCAGAAUGAGGCCACCAGAGGGACACGACCUCAUCACGACUUUCCCCUCAGCAUAGAAGUCCCCUUUUAUCAACAUAUACAUACAAACACACACACACACACACUCACCAGACACUCCUACAUCUGUGUUGUAUGUUCAUUUACACUUUGAUCUUGUCUGUGUGCAACAUUUUGCACGUAGGCUUGCAAUGAUUUUAGUUGGAAUACACUUUUCUCUCAUACCUUACCAUAAAGGUGCAACAUUUUGUAUCGACUUUUCAGCACUUCUGUUUCAGGAGCCAAAUCAUAGUCAGUCACAACUAAGACACAGACACUUGCCUCCUUCAUCUCACCAAGUUCUCACAACUUCCUAUAAAGACUCCAGGUAAUGGAUGAAAUAGAUAAUUAAUUAAAAACAUACAGCAAUGGAUACUGUAUUUUCCUUUGAUUUACUUUUUGGAUGUCGCUAAAAAAACUGAAAAUGAUGCUGAAUCUAAAUUUGUACUUAGAAAAUCAAGAGUUUUAGAGCUUGAACUGAUAAGACCCGCUAAGAGAUGAUACAUGACCUUCUAGUUCACAGCAAACAAACAAAUACAUAAAUGUUGGAAAUAAGACAAGAAAGCAACGGUCUAAGACUGUGCACUUGAACUACACCUCCCAUAAAGCAUUGCUUUUUUGCACCCUGUCUGAAGUCACAUGCAUCUUUAGUGAUUAUUGUGAUAUCUGAUUUAUUGUAGAUAGAAAAGAGUGUUUUAUAUUAUGUUGCUCUAGUUGUUAUUCUAAUUUGAAAGCUUUAUAGUUAAAUAAGUUUGACUAUUUUUAUGUGUUUGCCAGCAAGAUUGCUAGUGCACAUUGGCCAGUGAAGUUAGCAGGAUUCAUAUACAAAAAAAAAAAAAAAAAAAAAAAAAAA